UGUCCCGACUCCAGCCGCCCCCUCUCCCCCAACAGAUGCUGUGGCUGCUGUUCGUGACCCUCCCCUGCCUGGGGGGCUCUGUGCCCGUGACCCCUGGGCCUGGCCUGGGGCCCGAGCUGGUGGGCACCGACGGGGACCAUGACAUCCCUGCCGGGAAGUGGCCAUGGCAGGUCAGCCUGAGGGUCUUCAACGAAGAGUGUGACCGGUGGCAGCACGAAUGUGGCGGCUCCCUCGUCCACCCCCAGUGGGUGCUGACCGCGGCCCACUGCGUUGGACUGGAGCCACAGAAAUACAGGGUCCAAAUGGGGCAGCUGAGACUCUAUGACCACGACCAGCUGCACAACGUGACCGAGAUCAUCCGCCACCCCAAGUUCAACGUGAGCCUGUCUGCCUGGGGGGGCGCGGACAUUGCCCUGCUGAGACUGGAGGCACCUGUGACGCUUUCCCAGCACGUGAACCCCGUCAGCCUUGCUCCUGACUCACUGGUGCUCAGCCCCGGAACAAAGUGCUGGGUGACCGGCUGGGGCACCUUUGGGGCCCACGUCGCCCUCUCUCACCCAGCCCCUCCCGCAGCCCUGCCAUCCCCAGCCCACCGCCUGCAGGAGGCAGAGGUCCCCAUCGUGGAGAACCAGGUCUGCGAGAAGAUCUACCGCCAGGGGUCACCUGCUGGAGGCCACGGCAGUGUCAUCAAGAAGGACAUGCUGUGUGCAGGGAGGAGGGGAAGGGGUUCCCGCCAGGGUGAUGCGGGGGGCCCCCUGGUCUGUUUCUGGCUGGACAUGUGGAUCCAAGUGGGAGUGCUGAGCUGGGGCAUGGCCUCCGGGCACAUCGACUAUCCUGCGGUCUACACCCGCGUGAUGACCUACUCAUCCUGGAUCUACCAGCACGUCCCCCUGUGGCCUUGAUGGGCCUGUGUGGCCGAGGAGCCAGCCACCCCUGCCACCUCCCCCAUUCGGCACCACCGUCUCCCAGGUGCCCUGUCCCCUCGGUGCCCUGUCCUUCUCUGACUUUGGGGCCCAAGAGGCAGAGGAGGGGCUGGGAAGCUGGUGUCUCCUUGACAGCGGGCAUGUUGGGUAAGAAGCGUCAGGGACCUCCCUCCUCCCCCCUGUCUGCUGUCCUAUUAAACUGUGUGCAAAGCAGCCUCCAGGAUUUCUGCACGUACUUGACCGCGGUGGGGAGGGGGUACUUCCUGGUGGAAGUUCCAAGGCUCUGAAAGCUUCAGGAACAACCUGGACCAAUUGUAUCUGCUGGCAGGGCGAGUGGCUGAGCCGGGGAGGCCCCGUGGUUACUGCCGUGCCCUGGGUGGGGUCUGUUUC